GUCUCUGCGGCCAUGGCAACACGUUCCUCUCCACUGGACCUCUGAAACAAGAAACACAAACAAGUGCUCUUCAUCUAGCUCUCAUUCAGCAUGAACCUGGCAGAGAUAUGCGACAACGCCAAGAAGGGUCGGGAGUACGCGUUGCUGGGGAACUACGACUCCUCCAUGGUGUACUACCAAGGCGUCAUUCAGCAGAUCCACAAGCACUGCCAGUCGCUCAGAGACCCCGCACUCAAGGCCAAAUGGCACCAGGUCAGGCAGGAACUGUCGGAGGAGUACGAGCAGGUGAAAGGCAUCAUGGGAACGCUCGAGACCUUCAGGGCCCAGAAGCCGGCUGACGCUCUCGCUCCUCAGUGGGAGGAGAGGCCCGAGGACCCAGCCGUGUGGCCCCCACCCACCCCUGCGGAACACAGGAAUCUGAUUGCGGUGAAGCGGCCCAACAGCGUGGCGAAGCAGCAGAGGAAGGAGUCGCCCGGGCUGCAGCAUCGAGGGGCGGGGCCAGGAGGCCGCGGUCAGGCCAACCCGAAACCAGACCGGCAGGGUUCCAGAGACGCCCGAGGCUCCAGGGCCAAAGACGACAAGGGGAAGAAAGGGGUGGGAGACGUGUCGGGGGACGCAGAGCAGAGGAAGUUUGACGGCUCGGGACACGACAGCGACCUGGUGGACUCGCUGGAGAGAGAUAUCGUGUCCCGCAACCCCAACGUACACUGGGACGACAUCGCUGACCUGGAAGACGCUAAGAAGCUGCUGAGAGAAGCCGUGGUGUUGCCCAUGUGGAUGCCCGACUUCUUCAAGGGCAUCCGCCGCCCCUGGAAGGGCGUGUUGAUGGUCGGCCCCCCCGGGACGGGCAAGACCAUGUUGGCCAAAGCCGUGGCCACAGAAUGUGGGACUACUUUCUUCAACGUGUCCUCCUCCACCCUCACCUCCAAGUACAGGGGCGAGUCCGAGAAGCUCGUCCGCCUGCUGUUCGAGAUGGCCCGCUUCUACGCACCGACGACCAUCUUCAUAGACGAGGUCGACUCCAUCUGCGGCCGCAGGGGGACGUCCGACGAGCACGAGGCCAGCCGCAGGGUCAAAUCCGAGCUUCUGGUCCAGAUGGACGGCGUGGGGGGAGCUCUGGAUAACGACGACCCCUCCAAGAUGGUGAUGGUCCUCGCCGCGACCAACUUCCCCUGGGACAUCGACGAGGCGCUGCGACGGCGUCUCGAGAAGAGGAUCUACAUCCCCCUGCCCACAGCUGAGGGUCGUGUGGAGCUUCUAAAGAUCAACCUCAGGGAGGUGGAUGUGGCCGAUGACGUGGACCUGGGUCUGAUCGCUGAGAAGAUUGCGGGCUUCUCCGGAGCCGACAUCACCAAUGUCUGCAGGGACGCGGCCAUGAUGGCGAUGCGGCGGCGGAUCCAGGGCCUGAGCCCCGAGGAGAUCCGGGCUCUGUCCAAAGACGAGCUGCAGAUGCCGGUGACCAUGGAGGACUUCACGCUCACGCUCACGAAGAUCUCCAAGUCCGUCUCCGCCGCCGACCUGGAGAAGUACGAAGCCUGGAUGGCUGAAUUUGGGUCAGUGUAGAGAACGAGUAGCGGUCAGAACCCGCCCGGAAGGGAGCGGGAGAGGAGUGAAUGUCACGGAGCGGAGCGAGCUCCACUGGCAGAGGGAGAGAGAGAGAGAGAGAGAGAGAACUUUCAGUGGCUGCACUACCACCCUUUUACAUACCCCCCCCUCCCUCCUAGAUUGCUUCCACAAAAUUGUCCGUGAAGAGAGGAUCAAUCGUCCCGCUGCUGACGUGAGUAACCGAGGAAGGAGACGGGAACUUUACAUGUAAAAAGUAUCUUAACACUCACAUACAACAGGGAAUGUUUUGAAUGUUCGGCCUCGUGCAGGAACACCUCGACCCAAACUUUUUCUAUUUGCCCUUUCAAUAAAUGCCACUUGAGCGUUGGCGAGAUUUGAUCGUUUGGAUAAUCGACGGCCUUAGGAUUGCGAUACAAAAGUCAUGUUUUAUUUUAUUUUAUUGAGAGUAAAAAAUAAAUAAUAAUAAUUUCCCAGAAGUCUCAGAAAUCAGAAAAUGUAUGAAAAGACGUGAAAAUCCACAGAGGACCUUCGACGGGAAAUCCUCCCACGUAAAAACAAACAAACAGAUGCCGGCGUGAGAGAAUACUAGAUGAAUCCUACAUUGGAUGCCGUGACGACGGUGAGGACCAAUCAGGGCCUUUGCCUUAACGAGCGGUCGAGCAGUUGAAUGUAUUUCCUCCAGGAGCCCGUGUGUACUACUGACUGAACACACUUGAAGAACCCACAAUGUUUUAUAGCGUCUGGCUUUGUGUUUUUUUUCUUUGUUGUUUUUUUAAUGUUUGAUUUUAGACACACAAAUGUAGCCAGGCUAAAACAACAUGGAAUGUUUAUUAAAGAAUAUCACAGUUCAA